GACCGAAAAGAGCGAUCUUCUGUUUGACGUUGAAGAAUCCGCUGAGGAAAGUGUGCAUCGAUAUCGUGGAGUGGAAACCGUUCGAGUGGAUGAUCCUGACAACGAUCUUCGCGAACUGCAUCGCGCUGGCGGUCUACACGCCCUACCCGGCCAGCGACUCCAACUACACCAACUCUGUCCUCGAAAAGAUAGAAUACGUGUUCCUAGUGAUAUUCACGGGGGAGUGCGUGAUGAAGAUCAUCGCGUACGGCUUCAUCAUGCACCAGGGCUCGUACCUGCGGAACGGCUGGAACUUGCUCGACUUCACCAUAGUGGUCAUUGGUAUGGUGAGCACAGUGUUGUCGAGCAUAUUCAAGGACGCCUUCGACGUGAAAGCCCUGCGAGCGUUCAGAGUCCUCAGGCCCUUGCGGCUUGUCUCCGGAGUGCCCAGUCUACAGAUCGUGUUGAACUCCAUCCUGAAAGCCAUGGUGCCGUUGCUGCACAUCGCUCUGCUGGUCAUAUUCGUCAUCAUCAUCUACGCCAUCAUCGGCUUGGAACUGUUCUCGGGGAAGAUGCACAAGAGCUGUUACAAUAGGUUCACAGACCAAAUCAUGGAUACGCCUCACCCUUGCGACUUGGACAACGGGUUCAACUGCUCCACCAUCGGCGAGGACAUGGAGUGUCGCGAGGGCUGGAUCGGGCCCAACUUUGGGAUCACCAACUUUGAUAACUUCGGCCUCUCCAUGCUUACCGUCUUCCAGUGCAUCACGCUUGAAGGCUGGACUGAUGUUAUGUACCAUAUACAAGAUGCGAUGGGAAACAGCUGGGAGUGGAUAUACUUCGUGUCGAUGGUCAUUUUGGGAGCUUUUUUUGUUAUGAACCUAAUUCUCGGUGUGUUAUCUGGAGAGUUCUCCAAAGAAAGAGAAAAAGCAAAAAACAGAGGGGACUUUCAGAAGUUAAGAGAAAAGCAGCAAUUAGAAGAAGAUCUGAAAGGCUAUCUUGACUGGAUUACACAGGCAGAGUAUUUAGAACCUUUGGCAGAUCAACACGACGUGGUGGAUCAGAAAAGAGAUUAUGGAAUAGGACCAGCGCUAAAUGAACACGACUCCACAGAUCAUUUAGGUAUUGAAACUAAUGAGCAGCAGAAAGUAUCCAUAACGAAACUAUGGAAAAAAGAUUUUGAUAAAGUAAACCGUAGAAUGAAAAGAGCAUGUAGAAGAGCCGUGAAAUCACAAACAUUCUACUGGCUCAUCAUAGUGCUAGUAUUCAUGAACACAGUGGUCUUAGCCAGUGAACAUUAUAAGCAACCAGAAUGGCUGGAUCUGUUUCAAGAGUACGGCAACGCGUUCUUCGUAGCACUUUUUACUUUAGAAAUGCUUGUAAAAAUGUACAGUUUAGGAUUACAGGGCUACUUCGUAUCGUUGUUCAACCGGUUCGACUGCUUCGUCGUGAUCGGCUCCAUCAGCGAGAUGGUGCUGACGAAGACCGAGGUGAUGCCGCCGCUCGGCAUCUCUGUGUUGAGAUGCGUCAGGCUUCUAAGAGUAUUUAAGGUCACCAGAUACUGGCGCUCUCUCUCCAACCUGGUGGCGUCUCUGCUCAACUCCAUCCAGUCCAUCGCGUCCCUGCUGCUGCUUCUCUUCCUCUUCAUCAUGAUCUUCGCGCUGCUAGGCAUGCAGGUCUUCGGGGGCAAGUUCAACUACGACCCUGUGGAAGAAAAGGACAGGCACAACUUCGACUGCUUCUGGCAGGCAUUGCUGACUGUUUUUCAGAUCUUGACAGGUGAAGACUGGAAUGCUGUAAUGUACGAGGGCAUCAAGGCGUACGGUGGAGUUGGCUCCUUCGGCAUCCUGGCCUGCAUAUACUUCAUCAUCCUCUUCAUUUGCGGCAACUAUAUUCUACUGAACGUGUUCUUGGCUAUCGCUGUAGAUAACUUGGCCGAUGCCGAAUCUUUGACCAACAUCGAAAAGGAAGAAGGAGCUGCGGAAGAAAAAGAAGGAGGCAGCGUGGUAGAACCUGAGGGUGUGCAUAUAGAUACUGAUGACGAGUACAUACAUGAUGAUGAUGCGUAUACUACAGAUAACUCCGAAAGAGAAUACGAAGAAACAGGCUCAGAAGGGGAGCAUCAAGAGGAAAUAGAUGGCGAAGGAGAAAUGGAGAUGGGCGAAGAAGAAAACGGUAUCGAUAGAAUAGAGGAGGAACAGGAGAGAGGUGAAGACCAAGAGAUGAUGGAGAGCCAUCAAAGAAAUCACAUUGAUGGCGGCCAGUCUGAAGAGGAGGGCACACUGGUAACCGCCCGGCCGCGGCGCGUGUCCGAACUGAAUAUGCCCAAUCAGACGCCGCCUAUACCGAACGCUAGUAGUUUCUUCGUAUUCUCACCAACAAACAGGUUCCGCGUGUACUGCUACAAGAUGUCGGCAUCUUCCACCUUCGGGAACAUCAUCCUGGUCUGCAUCAUGCUGUCGUCGGCCAUGUUGGCGGCUGAGGAUCCACUUGAUGCAGCACAAAAGGGGUUUAGGAAUUGGCUGCUGAGCCAGUUCGACGUGUUCUUCACCGGCAUCUUCACGCUGGAGCUGUUCCUCAAGCUGAUCACGUACGGCCUGAUCCUGCACGAGGGCGCCUUCCUGAGAUCUGCCUUCAACGUCCUCGACAUGCUCGUUGUUUGCGUCUCUCUCAUCUCUAUGAGUUUUAAGUCUGGUAGUAUUUCAGUGGUGAAAAUAUUGCGAGUGUUCAGGGUGCUGAGGCCUCUUAGGGCCAUCAAUAGGGCCAAGGGCCUUAAGCACGUUGUUCAGUGCGUGAUCGUUGCAAUCAAAACGAUCGGGAACAUUUUGUUGGUAACGUCAUUGCUACAAUUCAUGUUUGCCGUCAUGGGAGUCCAAAUGUUCAAGGGUAAAUUUUUUAGGUGUAAUGAUAUUUCUAAAAUGACAGAAGAAGAGUGUCAAGGGACUUAUUUAGUAUUUGAGAAUCGUAAUUAUGUAGUGAGAGAUAGAGAAUGGACUAGGUAUGACUUCCAUUUUGAUAAUGUCAUGAAAGGUAUGCUCACUCUGUUCACUGUGUCCACGUUUGAAGGGUGGCCUGGGUUGUUGUAUGUAUCUAUAGAUUCGAAUGCUGAGGAUCGUGGUCCCAUUACUAACUUCCGUCCAAUUGUUGCAGCCUACUAUAUUAUUUAUAUUAUUAUAAUUGCCUUCUUUAUGGUAAAUAUAUUCGUCGGUUUCGUCAUAGUGACAUUCCAAAACGAGGGUGAACAAGAGUAUAAAAAUUGUGAGUUAGAUAAGAAUCAAAGAAACUGCAUUGAAUUUGCCUUGAAAGCAAAACCUAUAAGAAGGUAUAUACCCAAACAUCGCAUUCAGUACAAAGUGUGGUGGUUCGUGACGUCACAGCCAUUUGAGUACGCGAUAUUCGUGCUAAUCAUGAUCAACACCAUCACACUCGCCAUGAAAUACCACAACCAGCCUCCAGAGUACAGCAAGGCUCUCGACUUGCUCAACAUGAUAUUUACAGCUGUGUUUGCCUUGGAAUUUAUAUUUAAAUUGGCUGCCUUUAGAUUUAAGAACUACUUUGGUGACGCAUGGAACACUUUCGACUUCAUCAUCGUAUUAGGUAGCAUCAUCGACAUCGUUGUGUCUCAAGUAAACGAACUGAAGAACCAGGGAAGUGGUAUGCCAAGGGCACACGUCGUCAAGGAAAGCUCGAUUCCAUCCAUCAAUUUCUUCCGACUGUUCCGUGUGAUGAGGCUGGUGAAGCUCCUGUCCAGAGGAGAAGGCAUCAGGACCCUGCUCUGGACCUUCAUCAAGUCCUUCCAAGCACUGCCUUACGUAGCCCUUCUCAUCUUGAUGCUGUUCUUCAUUUAUGCUGUAGUAGGCAUGCAGGUGUUUGGAAAAAUAGCAAUAGAUGAUGACACACCCAUCACAAGGAACAACCACUUCCAAACAUUUCCUCAAGCUAUCCUCGUACUUUUUCGCUCGGCAACUGGUGAAGCAUGGCAAGACAUCAUGAUGGGUGUGUCACCAGAACCAGAAGUGAAAUGUGAUAAGAACUAUGACGAGGAGGGAGAGGAGGGCGGCGGGACGUGUGGAAGUGUACUUGCCUUUCCAUACUUCAUAUCGUUUUAUGUUCUUUGUUCGUUUUUGAUUAUUAAUUUAUUCGUCGCCGUCAUUAUGGAUAAUUUUGACUAUUUAACCAGAGACUGGUCAAUAUUGGGACCACACCACUUAGAUGAAUUUAUAAGAUUAUGGAGUGAAUACGAUCCCGACGCAAAGGGUAGAAUAAAACAUUUAGAUGUAGUUACGUUAUUAAGGAAAAUUAGUCCACCUUUAGGUUUCGGUAAGCUGUGUCCACAUAGGGUGGCGUGCAAAAGACUCGUGUCUAUGAACAUGCCAUUAAAUUCAGAUGGCACAGUGUUAUUCAACGCGACGUUAUUUGCUGUUGUCAGAACGUCGCUUAAAAUAAAGACAGAAGGUAACAUAGAUGACUGUAAUACAGAAUUAAGGGCAGUAAUAAAGAAAAUAUGGAAACGGACGUCACCCAAACUAUUAGAUCAGGUAGUACCGCCACCUGGAGACCCCAACGAGAUCACAGUGGGCAAGUUUUACGCUACGUUCCUGAUACAAGACUACUUCAGAAGGUUUAAGAAGAGAAAGGAGCAAGAGAUGAGGCAGAAUGACGAGCAAACCCACCAGAUGACGCUGCAAGCUGGUCUUCGAACUCUCCACGAAGCAGGACCAGAACUCAAGAGAGCUAUUUCAGGAAAUUUGGAUGAUAUCCAGACAGAAUGUGAUGUGCCCAUGCAUAGAAGAAAUCACUCACUAUUUGGAGGCGUUUGGUCAAGUAUACGAAGACAUGGUCCGAACAGGCAUUUCCAUAGGCACCGGAAACAUGGAGAACCUCCAGCAGAUGGUGUCGGCAAUCAUUUAAGUUCAAUGAUGCAACGGGAGUACGGAAUGGGACCUAUACCACUCGCGCCGAAUCUUGCCAACGGACAACCGAAAGAGCAAAUACCACUAAGACCACUAAUCUUCAACGGGGAAUCAGAAAAGAUAUACCAAGUGCUAGAAAGAACCACAAACGAUCUAAAGAACGCUAUAUACUCAGGCGGAGAUAGCUCGGGCCGAGGUGUGGUCUCGCUUCCGGGCAGCCCGAGGGGGAUCAACAGCUCAUCAGUACCCGUUGUUGGAUCUGCCGAAAGCUUAGUUACUAGGGUACUAGCCGAACAGGGCUUAGGAGCGUAUUGUGAUGCUGAAUUUGUAAGGAACACAUCUAGGGAAAUGCAAGAGGCUCUUGAAAUGACGCAAGAACAGAUGGAUAGAGCGGCGCACCAACUGAUGAUACAAGAAAAGAAUAUUAAACAAGUUCAAAACCAACAACCACAAGUUGGUACGAUUUGGGUUAUAGGGCGACAUCCUAGCCCGCCAGUACCAUCCUUUCCACCAGCCCGCGACGAUGCCGCCGCCGCCCUACAAGCGGUUAUAGCACCAGCUGACCACGAGCUGGACCACGCCGCGCUCCUCGACGCGCAAGAUGGGGCACGCGUCUGCAGGCACGGCCGGCGGCACCACAGGCGGAAAAGAAAACGAAAACCAGUGCUGGUUUAGAUGUAACCUCUUAAAAACUAGCGUAAACGUUUCUUAUUUAUGAAUACUUCGUAAUGCUCUACAUUCGAGACUUGAUUGGUAAUGCUCAAAAUUUCUUCAACUUUCUUUCUCUUUAUUCUAAUUCAAUGACCAGGAGGAUCAACUUUAGAAUAUAUUUAAAUAAUUUUUAAAAGGAUUUUCUAGUAAACUGUGUGUAACAGUAAAAGUGAGAUUUAUAGUUCAAUAGGGUAAUUUAAAAUUGGUAAACAAUUAGGGCCAAGGUAGAUUGUAAUGUCAGUCGGCUAGGCUAGACGAAGGUAAGUUUCAAUAGAACUAAAACUUGGCCCGAUUAGAUAAUUUUAAUAUAAAAAUGUAAUAAAUUUUUGGACGAAAUUAUCUCUAAAAAUAAAACAAUAAUAGGUAAAGGUAAUUUUACAUGUUAUUGUACAGAUACGAAAAAUGUUACGUUAUUGUGUUUAUUUAUUUUGGAUAUCUACUUUUAGAUAUUUUUCGGUAUGUUUCAAUAUAAAAUAUUUGUCUCUUGUUACUGUCUUGUACUGAAUUGGUUUGCUUAGUUAGAAAUUUAGAAUAUUUAAUACUAAGCAAUGUGUGUUACCUACGCCGAGUUUUAUUCAGUUUUCGGCUGAAACACAAACUUUCUGACGUAAUUCAAAAUUGGCAGCUUGUGUAAUGAAACAAUUAAUAUUUAUUUCCUCGAUUCAUAAGACAAUAUUUAAUAGAAAGACUUCAAAGAACUGAUUUAAAGAUACCCUAGAUGCAGGGAUUUCCAAUUUUCAGUAGUGUGGGGAGCCUAAUUUAUAAGAUUAAAGCAUUAUUAUAACUAGCUAAGGUCACUUGCCAAUCUACUGUGCAUGCCAGGAUCAGAAGUAACGACAAGUGGUAGCCGUAGUUUUAGUUUCGCUUCAAAAAUACUUCUUACUUGCUAAUUCAUUUUAUAAAUUAUGCUCCUCUUGGUAACGUAGUGUCGACCACUUUUU